CAACGAAUCGACGUGUUCGUACACUUCGAAAAAAUAAAACGGACACAUUUUCGUAUCUUUACUGAAGUGUUUGUGUGUGUUUUUAUAACAUUUAAUAAUUUAUAUGUGAAUCUUUUCUAUUUUUAAUUGUACAAUAUUUUGUGGUAAUUAAGCAUUAUUAAGUUGAAUUUAAACUUAGUUUUGAGUAAUUAAUCUUUGACAACAAAACGUGAAGUUUUGCAAUUAAGUGUUUGUGUUAAAGACUUGUGUUGCCCAGUAAUUACUGAGAGGGUAUGUUACGUACUCGAGUUGUUUAACAAUCCAAGGUAAAAGCGUUGGCAGACAGCCAACUUCAAGAAGCGCUUCCUUCUUAAAUAAAUUCGCCGUCACCCUGCAAGCAACUCCUAAAAUAUUAGGUUGACUCUAAGAAGAUAUAAUGGCGGCAAAGAAGCGAGAAACGUAACAUAUGCCUGAAAAUGGACAUUAAUCAUAUCAUACUGGACAAAGAAGCAAUUAACCGAUUUGAACAAUAUACACCAGCCAAACCGGCUAUUAAUGGGGGGAUCCUCCUGGAAACAUGCCAAGACGUGGAUUCGAUGGCAUCAACUAGCAAAAAACGAGCACAAACUCCACGCCAAAAAGUUAUUUGCUGCUUUUGUUUUAAAACCACCAAGUAUAGACGAAAACAGUUUAUUAUUGGAUCUCUCACCAACAUGGUUAUAUUCUUUGUUUUGUUGGCGUACACUUUCUUAGGAUCAAUUAUAUUUUUAACGAUUGAAGGCGAAACAGAUGUAACUGCUCGUCCCCGGUUAUUACCAGAUAAACAAAAGAUCAGCCAAAACGAUCACAACAGUACUAAUAAAAAAUAUGUUGAAGAUGAUCUUGAUUAUACCAACCUUACUGUUUCUGCUAAUUAUUUUUGGGACGCGAGAAGUAAAACAGUAGAAAACAUUUGGGAGAUCACCGUUUCAUUGAAUAUUUUAUACAGAGAAAAUUGGACCCGAUUAGCUGCUCAAGAGAUAUUGAAAUUUCAAAAUGAAUUGAUACAACGAGUUACAACUGAAAUGGCUACUCAAUAUGGAGUCAGUUAUAAAGAAUUAGCUCUUGGAGAAUUUGGCACCAGUGACAGCAAUAAUCAUUACGAAGAACAUGAAUGGAAUUUGGCACUAGCUUUUUUCUACUCGUUAACCGUUUUAACCACAAUUGGAUAUGGUAACAUCGCGCCGAGGACAAUUCUUGGUAAAGGAGCUACAAUUCUAUAUGCAAUCAUCGGGAUUCCCCUCACCCUCUUAUAUCUCUCAAGUGUUGGUUCACUUUUAUCUAAAAUGGCACGAAGCGUUUUUAGUCGCGCAUUAUGUUGCUGCUUGUGUUCAAAUUGCGGCUACUGUUGUUACGAUGAACGGCGCAUGGCUGAAAAGGAGAGAAGAAUGAAGCUUCGGCGACAACAAGAAGAAAUAUUAAACAGUCAAAAUACGAGCAAAACGCCAACAGAAGAAUGUUAUGUCUUAAAAAGUGAUAGUCACAAAGAUUCUUCUUGUUCGGAGCGACCGACUACAAGCACUGCGAAAGAUGAUGUUAUAAGUUGGCCUGAUACGGAUUCAAAACUUUCUAUGCACGGUUUGAGCAUUUUAGCGCCAGUUUUAUUAUGUCUCGCUGCUAUCUUCAUUUACAUCACAUUGGGUGCAAUUAUUCUUUACAAACUAGAUAACAUGAGUAUCAUAGACGGAUUUUAUUUUUGUUUCAUGGCGCUAAGUACUAUUGGAUUCGGUAGCAUAAUACCGGGUAUGAGCUAUACGACAAUUCACGGUGUUAGAUAUUACACAAUAAAUUCCACAACACUAUGGUUUUGUUCUGUGUACACUCUGACUGGAUUAGCGUUGACUGCGAUGUGCUUUGGAGUUAUCCAUGAUGAAAUCAUAUACAGGAUAAAACAUCAACAGAAGGAAUGGUCGCAGAAGAACAACACUGUUAACGAUGAAGUCAACAUAAACGAUCCAUUUUAUAUGAGUUCUUGACAAAUGUAUAAAGGUAAAUCAGAAAACUUGUACAGUAUUAUGGAAGGCACUUCUAUUAUAGAACGUAAUAGAAUUGAAAUUGACAAUAGGGAAUUAGUUAUAAGUGUAGAUGAUAUAUCUUCGGUAGUUGAUACGAAUCCUGAAUUUCCUCCACCGCCACCUGAAGAAGAAAUUGUAGCUAUAGUAACAAAGAAAGAGCCGCAGGGAUCUUUUGGCAACAUGGUGGCUUACAAUGCGUUGCCAGAAAUGCUCGAUCAUGUCAAUAACUAGAUUUGUAAAGCAAUUUUUAUACAAUAAGUAUUCUUUACACCUUUGUAAUAAAUAGUCGUAUAAUUUACUGUCACUGGUUGACUAAAUACAUAUGUUUUAAAUCAAAAUAUAAAGUCUGACAUAGAAAUCUAAUAUCAUAAUGUUUUCUUAGAUAUAUCAGUAUUGUAAAUAAAUGUAAAUAUGUAAAAUAGUUGAAAAAUAAUUUAAGCCAGUAAACGA